AUGGAGAUGGUCGACGCCGACCACGGCAUCGUGGCGCCGACCACCACCGGCGGCAGCUUCUACGUGCGGGUCCUCAGCACCAUCGGCCGCGAGCUGCUCAAGCCCUCGGCGUCCGUCGCGCUGCACCGCCACUCCCACGCGCUCGUCGACGUGCUGCCGCCCGAGGUCGACUCCAGCAUUUCGCUGCUCGGCUCGUCGGAGAAGCCCAACGUCACCUACAGUGAUAUUGGUGGAUGUGACAUUCAAAAGCAAGAAAUCAGGGAAGCUGUCGAGUUACCCUUGACACAUCACGAGUUGUACAAGCAGAUUGGUAUUGAUCCACCAAGAGGUGUGCUUCUGUAUGGUCCUCCAGGUACUGGCGAGACCAUGCUUGCCAAAGCUGUGGCACAUCACACAACUGCUGCUUUUAUCAGGGUAGUUGGUUCAGAGUUCGUGCAGAAGUACUUGGGUGAGGGUCCUCGGGUGGUUCGAGAUGUAUUCCGUUUGGCUAAGGAGAAUGCCCCUGCAAUCAUAUUUAUUGACGAGGUUGAUGCUAUAGCCACUGCACGUUUUGAUGCUCAGACAGGUGCUGACCGAGAAGUUCAGCGCAUUCUGAUGGAGCUACUUAAUCAGAUGGAUGGAUUUGAUCAAACAGUAAAUGUGAAGGUUAUAAUGGCAACUAAUAGGGCAGAUACUUUGGAUCCUGCUCUGUUGCGUCCAGGUAGGCUUGACAGGAAAAUUGAGUUCCCUCUUCCUGAUCGGCGGCAGAAGAGGCUUGUGUUCCAAGUCUGCACUGCCAAGAUGAAUUUGAGUGACGAGGUUGAUUUGGAAGAUUAUGUUUGCAGACCGGAUAAGAUCAGUGCUGCUGAUAUUGCUGCAAUAUGCCAAGAAGCUGGCAUGCAUGCCGUCAGGAAAAACCGGUACGUGAUCCUGCCCAAGGACUUUGAGAAGGGCUACCGGACCAAUGUAAAGAAGCCCGAGACAGACUUCGACUUCUACAAGUGA